GAACCUACCUGUCUUGUUUUUAUUAUAUAUAACAUUUGAAUGUGUGUCUCUUUGUGUUUGCAGCGUUUGUCUCCAGACUGUGAGGCUCAGAUCCAGGUCAUCCUGCAGGAGUCAGCGCUCGAUUACAGGCUGGACCCUCAGCUGCAGAUACACUGCACUGCAGAGAUCUCACGGCUGUGUCCAGAGGAGGCAGCAGCUCAGGAGCAGACGGGGCAGGUGGAGGAGUGUCUGAAGGUCAACCUGCUGAAGAUCAAACAGGAUGGAUGCAAGAAGGAGGUGUUGAACAUGCUGAAGGAGAGUAAGGCGGACAUCUUUGUUGACCCCGUCCUCCACACCGCCUGCGCUCUGGACAUCAAACACCAAUGUGCCGCUAUCCCCCGGGCCGAGGGCGCCAGAUGUCGUGCCUGAUGGAGGCUCUGCAGGACAAGAGAGUGCGUCUGCAGCCCGAGUGCAAGAAGAGACUCCAGGACCGCAUCGACAUGUGGAGCUACGCUGCCAAGGUAACUCCACCCUCUGGGAACAACCGAAACACGAGGA